CAGACGUGUAGAGAUGCUGUACAGCAGACAUCCGGCUGCCGGACCUCUAGCCACUGCGCUAUCUCUCACCGUUCCGCAGAGGAGGAGACAGCAAACGUGGUGAGAGCUUGAAUGCAAGUAUGUACAGCUCAGCCAGUAGAGGCAAGAACAUUGCUGUGACUGGACAGUUGUAUUUGGGUGUUCAACACCAUCAUUUGAAGAAUCGGUUGGAGGUGACUAUCGUUGAGGCAAAAGGAUUGGCUCCUGCUAAUUCGAAUGGAACUUCAGAUCCAUACGUGAAGACCUACUUGCUACCCGACAGGUCACAGGAAAGUAAACGCAAAACACGGGUUCUACGAAAGACAUUAAAUCCAGUCUUUAACGAGACACUAACGUACAAAAUCAGGAAAGUUCACGUCAGAACAAGGCAAUUGUAUGUGGCUAUAUGCAACCAGGAUCGCUUUGGUCGCAACUCAUUCCUUGGAAGAGUCCGUCUCGACCUUUCAGAGCACGAUCUCACAACCAACACGCCAGAGUGGUACGACCUGCAAGAACUGAACGACGGACUGUCAUUUAAUCUUGGCGAACUACUGUUGGCCAUUCGGUUUAUGCCACAUACUCUCACGGAGGCUCAGUUGGCAAAGAAGAAGAAGAAGAAGAAGGAACCGAAGGGAGAUUUCCAAGUGCUCAUCAAGCGAGCACGAAAUCUCAUUGCUAUGGACCACAGCGGACUCUCAGAUUCGUUUGUAAAAUGUUAUUUGCUGCCGGACCGAAGCCGGAGCAGCAAGCACAAGACGAUGACGAUAUUUAUGGAUGUCAAUCCGAUCUGGGAGGAAAUGUUUCAGUUACGAGACGUCACGUUGGAUUCAUUGCAGCACAGAGUUUUAGAGGUUACCGUCUGGGAUUUUGAUCGAGCCGGUAGCAAUGGUUUUAUUGGUGGCUUGAGGUUAGGCCUGUCGCCGUCUGAAAGGGAAGAAAGCAAAAAGUUGUUGUUAUUGAUGGACUCGAACGAUACCGAGUCGGCACACUGGAAAGAAAUGAUGGAGAAUCCGGGCACGUUUAUAGGGAAAUGGCACGCACUGAGGUCAUCGAUGGACCUACGUCAUUAGAGAAGAAUCGCUCACUUGAGUGCACAUACAGUAGGUACAGUAUGAUGUCACAGUAAUGAGACCUACUGCUUAGUCUCCGAAUGUUUUCUUUGUCUGUCGUUUAUUGUUAUCUCUGUAUGUUGGUUUGCAGUACGCUGGGAAUGAGACUUAUAUUGGUA